CCGUCUUCCAUCUUCUUCGUUUCCCUUUUUCUAUUGCUUCUUUUCUUGUCGCAUAUAUCCCUUUCAGCAUACAUACAGCUAUAUUUCCCUCCCGCAACAUGGAACGUAAAUCGGAUGACAUCGGGUCAAAAUCCCAGCUUUCGAUUGACUCAACCGUCAACUCGGGUAACCGAACCCCUCUUCAAGAUCCCGAGAAAAUAGCCGUCCAGCAGAGCACUCAAGCGAACUCACAAAUUGUGGAAGAGGGUACACCGGAUCACUCGAAAAAUCCCUGGCACCCGUCACAGUUCCCAGAUGGAGGUCUUGAAGCGUGGCUUGUGGUCGCAGGCGCAGCCUGUGGCAUGUUCUGCAGUUUUGGAUGGCUGAAUGCCAUCGGUGUCUUCCAAAGCUAUUAUGAAACCCAUCAACUCAAGGACUAUACCCCGUCUGAAGUUGCGUGGAUACCAUCAUUGGAGAUAUUCAUGAUGUUUAUUAUGGGCCCCUUUGUUGGAUACGUCUACGACAAUAGGGGUCCCAGGGAGCUGCUUGCAGUGGGAAGCUUUCUACACGUGUUCGGCUUAAUGAUGACCUCAUUAUCGAGCACCUACUAUCAGAUUCUUCUCGCUCAAGGGAUCUGUAGUCCUCUGGGACUCAAUUGCAUAUUCAAUGCAUGUGUCGGCACGGUGACAACUUGGUUCUUCAAAAAGCGUGGCGCGGCUUUUGGUAUCAUGGCUGCUGGCUCGUCACUCGGUGGUGUCAUCUUUCCCAUCAUGGUCAAUCAUCUUAUCAACGAGGUCGGAUUUGCGUGGUCCAUGCGUAUAGUAGCUUUCAUGAUCCUCGGGAUGCUGAUCAUCGCGAACCUCACCAUCAAAUCGCGACUGCCUCCGAAGAAGAGGGAGUUCAAGUGGAUGCAGUUUAUCACGCCUUUCAAGGAACUCAAAUACUCUGUGCUAACGCUUGCCUGCUGGCUCUUUUUCAUGGGUCUCUUCAUCCCAAUCAACUUCAUCGAAACACAAGCGCUGGAGAACGGGAUGAGCCCGAAACUUGCUUCAUACUUGAUCCCAAUCCUAAAUGCUGCCAGCAUUUUCGGCCGUGUCAUCCCCGGUAUCCUUGCAGACAAGUGGGGACGCUACAACCUAAACAUCGUCACCUCCUUCUUAUCCGGAUUAUUUACGCUCGCUCUUUGGCUCCCUGCAUCCAACAACGCUGCUCUAAUCGCGUUCGCCGCCCUAUAUGGCUUCACUUCUGGCGCGUUCGUGUCACUCGCACCUGGCCAGGUCGCGCAGAUCUCGAAAGUCGAGGACAUUGGGGUCCGCAGUGGUCUACUGUUCGCAGUACUGAGUAUUGCUGGUCUAGUAGCAAGCCCCAUCGCCGGCGCCAUUGUGAACAGUCAGAAUGGCAGCUUCACAGGAGCGCAGAUAUAUGCCGGAGUGUUCCUUAUGGCUGGUGCUGCCAUGUUCGUACUUGCGAGGGCGACACUGGUGGGGUUCAAGCUGGUUACAAAGGUUUAAUUUUUCCAAAGAGGCGGACAAUUGUCUUCCCGAGAGGUAGGAUAGACACAAACUAGAUUGGAGUAAUUCACGCAGAGCGACUUGCAUCAUUCUCUUAAUGGUCGUCACGGGAAAGACUGGACUGGAGUUUCCAGGGAAUUCAUCAUGUACUAUAUUCUAGAGCCAUCAACGCAACCAACUCCCCACACAUUUCAUCUCAAAAGAUACUUUGACAUGACGAUCGGAUUUCUCUGGCAGCUCAGGCACCUAAGCAGAAUUCGU